AUAUUGGCUGUUGUCCUGUGAGGGGAGCGGCGGCGGCGGCGGCGGCGGCGGCGGCGGCGGCGGCGGCGGAGGCGCGAGAGGAGCCAGCGAGCGGGGGAGCGGCGCAAGAGGCAGCAUGACUCGGAGGCGGAGCAGGCCAAGCGGCGGCGCGGGCCGGCGGGAGCGGGCGCGGGCCGCGGGGCUGCAGAAGCCCCAGGCGCCCGAGCCGCAGCCGCCGCCGCCGAGCCUGGAAGCGGGAGCCGGUGCAGGGCCCCCGGAGGUGCCCGCCGAGCUGGAUUGCGACGGUCCCCGAGAGGAAGAAGAGCCCAAGCUGGCUCCAGGCCCUCAGGUAGGAUCGAGCAAAACGACUCCGACUGCCGGGCUGCUUACACCUCCCCAGAGCGGGAGCGGGAGUGGGGCGGGAGUGGGCAUGGACCAUACUGUGGGUCUGGGACCAAAUCCCAAGUCCGGGGCAGAUGCUUUCAACCCGCUUGCCGGGAGUGGAAGCUGGACCCCUCUCCAAAGCCAAAGCUCAGCCAACCCUCUUGCGACCCUUGUAAAGCUACCCGUUCAGGCCCUGCUCCGGAGCUAAAUCUUCUGACCAUUUAUGCUCUCUGGGACUCGCUCAGGUCCCGAGACCACCGCUUAGUUCUCUGCCCUCCACUUCCCUUUGGAGCCACCUGAUUCCCCCCUAUCCCCUAGCCCCUAAAAGACCAUCAUCUCAGGGCGCUGGAACCUGCAAGGCUGCAGCCUCUGUGCGCCCCUCCACCCCCGCCCCCAGCAGCUUCAUCCCUUCCCCUGCACGGUCUGCAGCCGCUACCCUCAACAGCUGUACCUCUCUGCAUCUGCCUUCCGGGACCUCUCUCCUUUCCCUACCCAGCAGAACAGUUGGCGGCCCCAAAGACUGUUAGAAUAACUCCACUAAAGAGGAAACCCUUGUUCUCCUCCUAUCUCCUGUCCCAUAAGGAGCCCCCACUCCCACCUCCAACCCCCGCCAGUCCACUAGUUUGGUGAAUCCUGCGAGACUAAGAGUAUUUGGGAGGAUUCUCGGAAGCUUCCAGCUUGCCACCUGGAAGGUCACUUUCUUUUGAGCAAAAAGGAGCAAACAGGAGAGGCGGGGGUGGCGUGGGCCACAGUUGCUCAGGGAGGGUUGUGGCACCCGGGGCUGGGUGGCUCACCCUAAGCUUGCUCUGACAAAAGAGUUUUGAGUUGGUUUUUUGGCUGAGCCUGCCAAGGAAGGCAGGCCCCUGCAGGAGUCUUGGAGGGUCGGAUGCAGCGCCCGGAUGAGGACGAGGCGUGGCGGAAGAUGCGUUUGGCUCUGCAGACACUGCAUCGGGCAGCAGGGGACUCUGGGAGGCUGGUGCAGCCUGAAGGCAUGGCUCUUGACAGCCUUCUAGUAGAAUCUCUGGAAUUGUGCAUGGCAGAAGAGGAAAGAAACUAACGGGUAUUGAGCACCUACUGUGUGCCAGACCCAGGCCAGGUUCCCCCUACCUCCAGCCAGUCUGUACAGACUUGUUGCCUGCUGUGUCACCGUGAGCGCAAAGGCUGGGAAGAAGGCCCUUCACAAAAUGGACUGGUGUUGCAGGGUGAGAAGCUGCCCCCUGACUUCAUGCCAAAGCUCGUCAAGAAUCUCCUAGGCGAGAUGCCUCUGUGGGUCUGCCAGAGCUGCCGAAAGAGCAUGGAGGAGGAGGAGAGGCAGACAGGUGGAGACCAUGCAGUGGCGAUCUCCUUGUCACACACAUCCUGCAAAUCACAGUCUUGUGGGGGUGACUCUCAUUCAUCCUCGUCCUCUUCAUCAUCCUCAUCUUCCUCCUCCUCUUCCUGCCAUGGGAACUCAGGGGACUGGGAUCCCAGCUCGUUCCUGUCAGCACAUAAGCUCUCAGGCCUCUGGAACUCCCCACACUCCAGCGGGGCUGUGCCAGGCAGCUCGCUUGGGAGUCCUCCUGCCAUCCUUGGUGAGGCUUUCCCUGUCUCGGAGCACCACCAGCACUCAGACCUUACUGCUCCCCCUAACAGCCCCACUGGUCCUCCCCCCCACCCAGCAUCUCUGAUUCCUUCUCACCCUGGUUCCUUCAGCUCGGCGUCCUACCCACCCCCGCUGCCCACCACCCCAGUGGCACCUUUCCCCGCUCAGGCUUCAGAGUGCCCUAUGGCUGCUGCCACUGCCACCCACCCCUCGGGGCCAUGUCAGAGCCCUCAUCCGCCCUCCACCAGCAUGCCACUCCUGAAGAUGCCUCCACCACUCUCGGGGUGCAGCCACCCCUGCAGCGGGCACUGCAGCGGGCACUGUGGUGGUCCUCUUCUCCCACCACCGAGCUCUCAGCCGCUCCCUAGCACUCACAGCAGGGACCCUGGGUGCAAGGGGCACAAAUUUGCACACAGUGGCCUGGCCUGUGAGGCAGAUGAGGGUCUGGGCGAGGAAGAGGAUAGCAGCUCUGAGCGCAGCUCUUGCACCUCGUCCUCCACCCACCCCCGCGAUGGGAAGUUCUGUGACUGCUGCUACUGUGAGUUCUUCGGCCACAAUGCGAGGUGACAAAAUUGAGGUUCGCAAAGACUGAGUGACUCACCCAAGGUCAUACAGCUUCCAAGUGAUGAAACCCAGGCUCAAACCUGCUUCCCUGGCUCCCCAGUCCUUGGUCACCAAGCUCUGCCCUCAUCUUCAUACCUACCACUGCUUCAGCUCAGAGUCUACUGAGGAUGAAGCCAUUUGGCCUUGGUGGCUGAUGCUAGAGAGAAUGAUUAUCUGGCUUCUCACCACAUACAUGGUGCCAGCGGGUGGGAGUGCCAUGGGCCUCCCAGGCCCAGGGUGUAAUGUCAGCACCUCCCCCUCCCCCAGCCACUCGCUGCCCCGACGAGCCGGAAUUAUACUGAGAUCCGGGAGAAGCUCCGCUCAAGGCUGACCAGGCGGAAAGAGGAGCUGCCCAUGAAGGGGGGCACCCUGGGCGGGAUCCCUGGGGAGCCUGCGGUGGACCACCGAGAUGUGGAUGAGCUGCUGGAAUUCAUCAACAGCACGGAGCCCAAAGUCCCCAACAGCGCCAGGGCUGCCAAGCGGGCCCGGCACAAGCUGAAAAAGAAGGAAAAAGAGAAGGCUCGGUUGGCCACAGAAGCUCUGAAGCAGGUGAAUCGUGUUUCUGGAAGCCAGGAGCCAAGGCCUGCCAGGGAGAGGCUCCUAGAGUGGCCUGACCAGGAACUGGACCGCGUCAAUAGCUUCUUGAGCAGCCGCUUGCAGGAGAUCAAGAGCACUGUCAAGGACUCCCUCUGUGCCAGCCUGAGUAUGUGUGAGCUCAGCGUGGAGAGCAGUGGGUUUAAGGAGGGGACUGUGGAAGCUCAGACCCUCACUCCUUCAGACCUCAGUGGCUCCUCUCAGAAACGGCCUGACAUCAACCUUGACCUGUCCCCUUUGACCUUGGGUUCCCCUCAGAGCCACACGUUACAAGCCCCAAGUGAACCAGUCCCACCUUGGGCAGAAAGGAGAGACCCUCACCCACCACCAUGGACAGAGGUGAGGGGCCCACCUCCUGGUAUCCCUGAGAAUGGGCUUGUGAGAAGACUCAACACUGUGCCCAACCUGUCCAGGGUGAUCUGGGUCAAGACACCCAAGCCAGGCAACCCAAGCUCUGAGGAAAGUUCAAAGGAAGUUCCCAGUUGCAAACAGGAAUUAUCUGAGCCUGUGGCCACAGGUGGAAAGCCAAAAAAGAGCAAGAGACAGGGAAGUCAAGCAAAGAAGACUUUGGCAAGUCCAGCCCCCUGGUCACCAGCCAAUCUAGAGGCUUCCGGUGCCAAGAGCCAGGUAUCUAGCCCCAAGCAGCCCAGCAAGGGCUCAGAGCCUGCCAAAGUGGGCAGUGGUGCAGAACCUGGAGAGGGCAGUCCGGGGAGCCGGCCAGGACCAAUUCAGGCUGACAGCCCCAAAACUGACAAGAAGGGUAGUUCCUGGCAGAAUUGGCCAGGUGGGGCCAAGGCACGGACUCUGGAGCAGGAAUCUGAGCAGACCCCUGGUCCAGCAAGGCCACAGAGCUUGUCCCAAGGCAAGGGCCGCAGCCGCCGGAGCCGAAACAAGCAGGAGAAGUCAGCCUCCUCCUUGGACGAUGUGUUCCUGCCCAAAGACUUGGAUGGGGUGGAGAUGGAUGAGACAGACCGAGAGGUGGAGUACUUCAAGAGGUUCUGUUUGGAUUCUGCAAAGCAAACUCGUCAGAAAGUUGCUGUGAACUGGACCAACUUCAGCCUCAAGAAAACCACUCCUAGCACAGCUCAGUGAGCCCUGCCCAGGUUGACGUCUCCAGGUCACCUCAAGGCCGCAGCUCAAGCUGCAGAUGUAGUUCUGACGUGCCCUGCCACCUGUCUUGACCUGUCCUGCUCCCACCACCCUGACCAACCAAAAGCUGAAUGGACGCCAUGCUGUGCUGGGGCCUGUGAGGACCUCGGCAAAGCCACUUCCUGGUGCUACGCUGCCUGCACUCAGAGCCCGGGGCUGGGCUGGCCUGUGAGCCAAGGACUGGUGGGACUGCUGGGCUGGCCUGUGAGCAAGGGCUGGUGGGACUGCUGGCCCAAACCUGCUCUCUUUGUGUUUGGUUUCUGUUUUGUUUUUUUAAUUCUUUACUUUUGAUACUGUGAAUAUCUUUCAUGGGGAGAGAUAAAGCAACAUUUGGACACAGA